CGCCGACUUGUUUGGAAAUUCUAGCAGCUACGGAAUUCAUCAACUGGCUGCUUUGGAGUGCCCCAAAAUAUCAGGUGAUCAAAAGGUUGUCUUGAUGAAGGAGGCUGAUUUGGAAGAAGUUAAAAGCACGGUUUUCGGUUUGAAAAGUUUCAGCAGUCCGGGGCUAGAUGGUUUACAAGCAAUCGUCUACAAGAAAUACUGGGACACAGUCGGCCACACCAUUACACAUUUUGUUAAUGAUGCGCUUCGCACGGGGUACAUUCCAUCCCGGAUUCUUAAAUCCAACAUGGUACUUAUCCCAAAAGUUGAUGCCCCACUAGUAGCUGGUGACUUUAGACCCAUCACACUACUUAAUGUCAUAUAUAAGGUGAUUUCUAAACUUUUAGUUAAUCGUAUGAGGCAAUGGAUUGGGCACAUGGUUGGCCCUUUUCAGAGCAGUUUUGUCCCGGGCAGAGGCACAACUGAUAAUAUACUCAUCACCCAAGAGAUAGUGCACUCUCUGGAAUCUAAGAAGGGCAAGAAAGGCGAUAUGAUUAUGAAGUUGGAUCUACAAAAGUCUUAUGAUUGCUUGAGUUAGGAUUUUUUGGAGAACACCUUAACUGACUUUGGCUUUCCCCAGGAGUUUAAUAGGCUUGUCAUGAACUCGAUAAGAGAAAUGAAAAUCGGGAUCAUCUGGAAAGGGAAUGUUUUGGUGGAAAUUCAACCACGAAGAGGUCUUAGGCAAGGAGACCCACUGUCCUCUUACCUUUUCAUUCUGGCAAUGGAGAGGCUCUCUCAUCUCAUUUCCAAGGAUGUCGAGGCUAAGAGAUGGAAGCCAGUGAAGGUGGGUAGGCCAAGAGUAAGCAUAUCUCAUCUCUUUUUUGCGGAUGAUUUGAUGCUUUUUGGUGCUGCUUCCACUAACCAAAUGGAAAACAUGAUGCACAUUUUACAGACUUUCUCCACGGCAUCGGGACUGGAAAUCAAUAAGAAUAAAUCUUGGGUGUAUUUCUCUCCGAAACUAUGAUGGGGGUUUAAAAAGUACACUUCAAAGUUUGUCUCGUAUUCCGUCUACUAUAGAUCUUGGGAAGUACUUGGGUGCCCCUAUAAUGCACAGGCGUAAAUCCAAGGAUAAAUUUGCCUUUAUCCUUGACCGGGUGAAACUGAGGUUGCCAUCGUGGAAAGAAAAGUUACUAAAUCUGGCCGACAGGAAAACGUUGCUCCAAUCAGUGAGUACCGCUAUCCCACAAAUACGUUAUGCAAACUUAUUUGCUUCCUUUAAGUAUAUGCGAUAGAAUUGAUCAACUCGAUAGAGAUUUUCUAUGGGGUCAUAAUGACGGAACUCGUAAAAUUCAUCUCGUCAAUUGGGAUGCUGUUUGCAAACCUAAGGAUUUGGGUGGAUUGGGCAUCCGGAAAGCUCAAGAUAAUUAUUUAGCUCUUGUAGCUAAACUUGGUUGGGAGAUCAUGAUGGGUUUCCAGAAACUUUGGGUUCAAAUAAUGAAGGCUAAAUAUAUAAAAAAAAACUCUUCCUUCUGGGAAAUUGAAAAAAAGGGAGGCUCCUCUCACACUUGGCGGGAUAUUCUACGAAGUAAGAACAUCAUCCGUAAUGGGCUCGGGUGGCAGGUGGGAAAUGGGGAAAGGAUCUCCUUCUGGUUUGAUCUUUGGGUGAGGGAUAAACCUCUUCAUGAGGAACUUGGAUCUCCAUUAGCGGCUUCCGCACAUCAAGUCAAAGUGGCCGAUCUAUUAAUGAACAACAGGGAUUGGAACAUCACUAAACUAGAGACUUUACUUCCGGAGGAAUUGUUAGAGGAUGUGAGGGUUAUUGAAGAUUGGAGCUGGGUUUGGAAGAUACGCACGUGUGAGAAGGUGCGGUGUUUUCUUUGGCUUGUGAUGAAAAAUAAACUGCUCACCAACGUGGAAAGAGGAAAACGACACAUUUCUGAAGAUACCGUUUGCCCACUCUGUAAUGAGGAUGAGGAGACAGUGCUCCAUAUUAUCCGGGACUGCCCUUUUGCAGUGGCAGUUUGGAGGAAAAGUAAUUUGAGUUUGCCUAGAACAGGGGAUACUACUUCAAGUUGCAACACACCCUUCGUGAGGGAAAUAUUUGUGCAGACUCAUUAGCGAAUGCUGCUCACGAGGCAGCCAAAGGGCUAUCUAUACUUCAGGAACGAAGCACCUACGUGGAGUAAGAAGUUCCUCCAUGAGGAUGCUAAUGGUCUUGAGCAUAUUAGAAUUUAAUUUUUCGUCUGUUUUCCAUUCCGAUGUAUAAAAAAAAGGGUAUACUUGAUAGCUCACUCAACCAGUAGUCAACCUUAUGUUGUUAUGUUGAGCAUGAGUUCGUUCUACACAUAGGUUCAACAUGGAGAUCCGAAUUGAAAGCAGC